GCUGUGGUGAUGGUGUUUGGCAAGCUGAUGUUCGGAUUUGUUCUCGGUAACAUAGCUUCAAACCUUGUCCAAUGACGCGGCUUUCUAAGGAAUCGUUUGAAGAAAACUUGAGGGCCACAAAGGAACACAUGAAGGAUCAGGACGUUUCCCAGGACCUCCGUCAUAAGGUGGUUAACUACUAUGAAUACAUCUGGCUAAGAAACAGGGGAGUUGAUGUGUCAACACUAUUCCUUGAAGCUCCAAGGUGUCUCCAGGAGGACAUAUCUUACAGCAUGACGAAGGCGUAUCUAGAGAAAUCCGUGCUUUUCCGUGGAUUGCAAGAGACAUUUCUGAAGAGCCUGUCUACCCGGCUGAGGCUGCUUUUCUUCCUACCUGAAAACUAUGUACUGCACCGAGGAGAUAUGGGAGCCGAGAUGUACAUUAUCUUCCGAGGGGAGGUUGAGAGCGGGUACUCCAAGCCCGACGGAGAGUUUGUUGUGGAGGCCGUUAUGAGCGAGGGGAAAGUCGUCGGUGAGAUGAGUCUUACCUACAGUUUGCCGCGCCGCAGAUCAGUCCGAGCGAGGAAGCACACAGACAUCUUUGCUCUGAACAGAAGGGAUCUCAUGGAUCUAUUGGAAGAUUUCCCAACGGUAAAACGAGAGAUCGAACAACGCUCCAUCAUCAUGUUCGGACACCUGGGUGCUCCACGUCUUAAAGAUAAGGAGCGUCGCUCUAGCGGCUCCCUCUCAGCACGCAAGUCGUCUGGUCUGAUGCCGGUAAACUCUAGCGCGCAAGCGAUCAACCGAGCAAGAUCUCCAGGGGCGAAUGCUAAACACACCCUGGACAUGGCGCUAGGAAUGUAAAUAUCAGGAACGAGACUGUUCAAAUGGCAUAGAAUGUCAUGCUAAUAUAAUUGACAUCGUGGUCUGUUUUGCAUUGAUGGUAAAGGGGACACGCAUUGCUCCUUGAUUGUCUGUAAUGUGUUCAUUCAGAAGUCAACUUAGCCUAUCUCAAACAACCCAAUAUUUAGACUCAACGUUUGGCAUCCUAACUUUUCGUCGACUCUGUAUCGUAUUCUUAUCUAUUUUGAUCUUAAAGGAAAGCAUAAAAGUUCUGAAUUUCGGUGUUAACAUGCCUCAUGAGGAUAUGUCAGACUAUACUCAAAAUAACGUUGUACAUCAUUUGACAAAGUGUUUGUAUAGUACAUUUUUUGCCUGAUGACACAGUUCAAUACAGCCGACUUCUCGUAAUUA